UCUAUAAUGACCGUUAAUCUUGAGCAAUCUAGACCGUUGAUUGCCAUAUUCAAACAAUUUCUUAAUUACCAAAAGCUCCACACAAAAGGCUUGGGCACCUCUGCUUCAAACCCAAAUGCGGAAAAAAACCAUUUUCAAUCUUCUCAUUGCCCUAGUUCUGUUCACAUAACCCUAAUUUCAUCCAUUUUACUUAGGAUUUUCACUGGAAACCCUAAUUUGAUCAGAGUUUUGUUCUGAAACCCUAGUUUCAUAUUAUGUGCUAUAGAGUUCUUGACCGGUUUUGAGAUUUCAACUGUUAAUUUCUUUUUUUCUACAUUUUUCUGCCAUUUCUCUGUGAUUUUCAUGGCCUUCAAGAACGCUAGAUUCUAGUGUUUUGGGUUCUUAUGGUUUUGGAUUUCUAGCGUUUUGCAGUUGAGGGCUUCUUCUUGGGUACACAGAGGAAAUGCCAACUUUUUCAGAGACAGCAAGUGCUUUUAGAAGUAGGUUCAGAUUUCAGGAAGCGCAUGUCUCCUCAUCAGAAGUGGAAUGUUCACCUGCUUUGGCAAAAUCGGCUUCAAAAGAGUUGCUAGUUCAACCUAUUAGUAGCAUUAGAGAGAGGGAGAGCCAUGAUGGUGGAUCUAGGGUUCAGAGUUUUGAAAUCCACGAAGAUCCAUCUUUCUGGAAAGACCACAAUGUUCAGGUGGUGAUUCGUAUCAGGCCUUUAAGUAGUUCUGAGAUUUCUCUUCAGGGCCACAACAGAUGCGUUAAACAGGAUAGUGUCCAAUCUCUUACUUGGACCGGACAUCCUGAGACUCGCUUUACUUUUGACGUUUUAGCUGAUGAGUUUGUUAGCCAGGAGAAGCUAUUCAAAGUGGCUGGGUUGCCAAUGGUGGAGAAUUGCAUAGGUGGAUACAACAGUUGCAUGUUUGCUUAUGGCCAAACCGGUAGUGGAAAGACACAUACAAUGCUUGGAGAUAUUGAGGGAGGCACUCGAAGGCACAGUGUGAAUUGUGGUAUGACACCUCGAGUAUUUGAACUCUUGUUUUCAAGGAUCCAAAAGGAAAAGGAAGCUCGAAAGGAUGAAAAGUUGAGAUUUACUUGUAAAUGCUCAUUUUUGGAAAUAUACAAUGAACAAAUACUUGAUCUUCUGGAUCCGUCAUCAACAAAUUUGCAGAUAAGAGAAGAUGCAAAGAAGGGUGUGUAUGUGGAGAAUAUCACUGAGUUUGAGGUCAACAGUGCUCGCGAUGUCCUCCAACAACUUGUUCAGGGUGCUGCAAAUCGAAAAGUUGCUGCCACAAAUAUGAACCAUGCCAGUAGUCGUUCCCACAGUGUAUUUACAUGUGUCAUUGAAAGCAAGUGGGAAGCACAGGGUGUAACCCAUCAUAGGUUCGCUCGUUUAAACCUAGUGGACCUUGCAGGGUCAGAGAGGCAAAAGAGUUCAGGUGCUGAAGGUGAACGCCUCAAAGAGGCAACCAACAUCAACAAAUCACUUUCCACAUUGGGGCUCGUAAUCAUGAAUCUUGUCAAUAUUUCAAAUGGGAAAUCUUUGCAUGUACCGUAUCGUGAUUCUAAACUGACAUUUCUAUUACAGGACUCCUUAGGGGGAAACUCAAAAACAACCAUUAUUGCAAAUAUAAGCCCAUCAAAUUGUUGUGCAUUGGAAACACUUAGCACCCUCAAGUUUGCCCAGCGAGCUAAGUUUAUUAGGAAUAAUGCAAUUGUGAAUGAAGAUGCUUCAGGAGAUGUCCUUGCAAUGCGUAUCCAGAUUCAACAGCUAAAGAAAGAGGUUAAUCGUUUGCGAGGUGUGGUCAAUGGAGGGACUGAGAACCAGGAUAGUGAUAGUUUGAGUGUAUGCUUCCCUGGCUCCCCAGGCUCCUUUAAAUGGGAUGAUUUGCAGGGAUCACUGAGUCCACUCACAUCUCAGGGGAAAGUGUCUCAGAGAAGGGACCUUGAAACUGCACUUGUUGGAGCUCUUAGAAUGGCACAAGACAAAGAAAUAGCAAUGAAAGCAUUGGUUGAUGAAAAUCAAGCGGCAAUGCAACUGACCAAACAGAGGGAAGAAGAGAUUCAGAGUUUAAAAAUGAGACUCCGGUUUCGUGAAGCAGGAAUAAAAAGGUUGGAGGCAGUCGCUUCUGCUAAGAUCUCUGCAGAAGCUCACCUUUUGCAAGAAAAGAAUGAACUGUUGAAGGAGAUUGAAAUUCUUCGUACUCAAGUAGAUAGGAACCAAGAAGUUACUAGAUUUGCCAUGGAAAACUUGAGAUUGAAAGAGGAGCUUAGAAGGUUCCAGUCUUUUCAUGAGGACGGGGAGCGAGAGAUGAUGUCCGGGCAGAUUUCAAUCUUGCAGGAUAAGUUGUUUGAAGCAUUGGAGUGGAAACUGAUGCAUGAUAAGGAUACUAACAUGGUUCAGAAACGAAGCUUGGACCUGGGCAAUCUCAAUAGUAGUAACAAUAAUCUCUUGCUGCUCAGUCAGGACCCAUCACCUUUGGAUUUCUCUGCUGUUAGGGAAGAAAAUGAAACCCUCCAUAUGCAGGUUAUUCAUAAUCAGAGGGAAGUAGAGGCAUUGCGUAAGAAUUUGAACUUCUGCCUUGAAGCUAAAGAGAAGUUAGAAAGGCGAGUGGAUGAUUUAACAUUGCAACUUGAAGAAGAGAGAAAGAAGGCCUCAAAAUUAGAAGCAGAAGACUCUAUGGCAGAAAUAUCUACUGAUCAGAUGGAACUUAAAGCCAUGGUUGAUGCGAUAGCUGCCGCAAGCCAGCGAGAAGCUGAACUUUGCAAAGAGAAUGAGGAUCUUCGGUCGAACCUCAGAGUUCUAUUGGAAGACAAUAAUAAAUUGAUUGAGUUAUAUGAAGUUGCUAUAGCAGAAAAUAAGACCAAUCGACACACUGAUAACCACCAAGUAGAGAAGACCGAAGGUUGCAAUCUGAGCUCUGCAAAGGUUACAGAAGAUAAAAAUGAAGAUACCCAGAUGGACCCGAUCAGUUUCACCGAAGAACACACUGAAAAUCAAAUGAAUGAUGUGAAAAAUAUUGAAGACUUGGAGCGCCAGCUCCACGAGAUGCAUGAAGAGAAUGAGAGACUGAUGGCUUUGUUUGAGAAAGCCAUGCAAGAGAGAGAUGAAUUCAAGAGAAUGGUUUGGGCCAGAGAUAAGAGUAUAUCUGAGAGAGAGGAAGCAAGGCAAAUUGCAGAAAAUUUCCCUGAGAAGCUUGUUGAAGUUGAUGAAGGAAAGCAGUAUCACGGUGAAGAACCAGGUAUAGCUCCUGUUUCCCAGAACCCUGAGAUAGAUGAAAUCACUGCCAAAUUGGCAGAGACUAGUAUAUCAAUGGGGGAUAUUGAUAUGACAGAAAUAACAGAGCAAAAUCAACUGGACGAAACAGAAGGGUUAAAAAAUGUGAAACAGUAUGGAGAGCCUAUGCCAUUGGAUGAGAAAGAACAAGGUUCUGAUAAAGAAGUAAAUCCUGGAAAAUUUGAAGAAACCAUGCCAAACUGGGAGGAGUUAAUUAUGGUGGGAGGAAAACUGGACUUCGCGCAACACAAGCUGAUCGAAGCAACUGGGGCUAUGAAGUUUUUCAGCAUGUUUGAGACCAAUGUCAGAGAGAGAAAAAAACUUUCGAAAGAAAUCGAUGCUGUAGAGAGAGAAUUGCAGGUCUUGGAUCAACAAAUAUCUAACUUAAAACACCUUCAUGCUGAAGCAGACGAAAGAAAGGCGAAAGCGUUUGGGAAACUCUCUGCAGUAAAAUUGGCUGUAACAAACAUAUGCACAUCAGAUGAGGAUUGGGCUCAGAGAGAAGCUCAAGCAAGGUCAAAAAUGGAGGCUGAAACCUAUGUUGUUGGGCAAAAAAGAGAAAAGCUGGUAAGUCUCCAAGCUCGUAAGCAUGAACUGGAGUCUACAUACUUGAAGACCAGAGAGAGUGAAUCUAAAAUCAAAGAAGAGCUUGGCUGUUUGAAGCUAAAGAUAGAAGAGGAAGACGACAGAAGAAGAGAGAGAGAGCGAGCUCUCACUAUGAUGCAUAAACUGGAUACUGUGAACCCUUCUUCUAUAUUCCAAAUGGGUAAGGCUGCAGAUCUGUUAAAAUCUGAAGAGGAUCGGACCAAUCUGAGAUCUGAGAUGAAAAAGUUGCAGCAAAAGCUUGUAAGCACAAGAAAUGAAUCUCAUGAAAUGAAGGCGAAGUUGGAGUCUUUGGAGGCUGAGAUUUUGAGUGCUGAAGUGGAGAUGAGGACUAGUUUGAAUGCACUGGAGGAGGCAGAACUUGCUUUGAACAAUGUAGUUAGAGAGAAGCCGAUUAUUGAAAAGAUGAGAGAGGAAAGGAGGAUAGAGAUGGAAAGCCUCAUAAUAGAAUGCCAUGAUGCGAUAUUUGAAUUGGGUUUCAAGGAAGAAGAGAUCAAAGUCUACGAGGUGGAGUUGCUGGAGAAGAGAAGAGUUCUUCAGCAUUUGAAAAUGGUGAGAGAGAAGAAAUGCCGAGCAUUGGAGCAUGAACAGUGUGUCUCUGAGAAGGUGAAGGAAGAGCUCUUAGAUAUUCACAGAUCAAUUUCAGAGGCCAAAUAUCUUUUGGGUCAUAUUGGUAGUUCUAAUAAUUGAUGUUUGGAUUAUGAGAGAGAAAUGUAGAGAGAGAGAGAUAAUUAAAGUGAAUUGGGAUGGAUAGUGCUCCUCCAUGCUCCAGCCUUUCUUGUGUGAUGUACUAUAAUUUUGUAUAUAUACCAAUUUAAUAGUGAAUUCUGCUUUC